UCCACCAUUUAAUCCACCGUCCUUGCCACUGCAGUCGCCGGGGAGCGACAGCACUGUCGCGGAGAUGGGGAAGCUCAUCAGACUCGAGCUUUUCAAUUUCAAGUCCUACAAGGGACAUCAUGUUCUUCUCUUUGGAGAUGCGUAUUUCACGUCCAUCAUCGGCCCCAAUGGGUCCGGGAAGUCGAACUCGAUGGAUGCGAUUUCAUUCGUGCUAGGCAUCAAAUCAUCCCACCUGCGAUCGACCAACCUGCGCGAUCUCGUCUACCGCGGCCGCGUGCUACGCACCGCCAAACUCGACGCCGACGGGAACGCCAUCGACGGAGAAACAAACGGCGAGGAGCAGGAGGAGCCCGCUACACAAGACGGGACGGAUGGCGGCGAGCCGUCGCAGGAAGCGAACGGCACGAGCGAUCCGCGCUCGGCGUGGGUGAUGGCCGUGUACGAGGACGACGCGGGCGAGGAGCAGCAGUGGCGACGGUCGAUCACGAGCCAGGGCGUCAGCGAGUACCGCAUCAAUAAUCGCAUUGUGACCGCGACGCAGUAUAACGAGUCGCUGGAGGCGGAGAAUAUCUUGAUCAAGGCUCGCAACUUUCUUGUCUUCCAGGGUGAUGUUGAGGCUAUUGCUUCGCAGUCGCCGAGGGAUCUUACUCGCUUGAUUGAGCAGAUCUCGGGCAGUCUGGAGUAUAAGGCUGAGUAUGAGCGGUUGAAGGCUCAGGCGGAGGAGGCGAGCGAACUGCAGACUUCUCAGCUGAAUCGUCGUCGCGGUAUCAAUUUUGAGGUUAAGCAGUACCAGGAGCAGAAGCGUGAGGCUGAUAACUAUGCUCGCAAGGCUGAAGAGCGCGACCAGGCUAUUAUUACCCACAUUCUGUGGAAGCUGUUCCACUUCCAGCGUCUUAUCGAUGCCUCCAGUGCGGAUAUUCAGAAAUAUCAGGACGAGCUCAAGGAGUACCGUCGUGGUGUUGAGAAGUAUGAGCUGAAUGUCGAAGACGCGAAGAAGGACUACGCUAGGGUCGGUCGCGAUGUGUCGAAGGCUGAGAGGAACAUCCUCAAACAGGAAAAGGACAUUGAGGAGGCCAACAAUGCGCUCGUCCCUGUGGACGAAAAGGUCGACAUCACCGUCAAGAAAGUCGAGCGAUUUGCCUCCAGGAUUGCAGAAAUCAGCAGGGAACGCGACGCCCAGUCUUCCAACGCCAAGCAACUAGAGAAGGAUUUGAAGGUUGUCGAAAAGGCACAGGCUCAGUGGGAGGCCGAGUGGCAGAAAACCAUCAGCAAACAGGGGCGUCAGUUGAGCGAGGCUGACCAGCAAGACUACAACCAGCUCAAGGAAGAGGUCAACAAGCGGUCGUCUGCGGACCAGCUGAACCUGGACAAUCUGCGGCGCCAGAGGAAGACCGAGGCCGAAGCGUACAACAGCCUGAAGGGCAAGUUCGACGGUACCGAGUGGCAACUCAAGACGCUAGAGUCAGACACGCAGUCCCUGUCCGAGCGCAAGUCGUCUCUCAAUGGCACGAUCAAGUCUACAUCCAAGGAGAUCGACCACAAGAAGAAGGAACUCAACGCCCUAACUUCCGAGCGUCUCCGCGCGUCCCAGAUGCGGACAGAGCUCGAGGAAAAACUGCAGGUAGUCCUAAAGAAGCUCCUUGAAGCCGACGAUGGCAAGAAGCAGACCGAGCGUGAGAUUCGCGCCAAAGAACUGAUCUCGACUCUGAAGCGGAUUUUCCCCGGCGUGAAGGGCCGCGUCAGCGAUCUCUGCAAGCCCAAGCAGAAGAAGUACGCAGAUGCAGUCAGCACCGUCCUUGGACGAAACUUCGACGCCAUCGUCGUCGACAACGAGAAGACCGCCAAAGAAUGCAUCCAGCAUCUGCGCGAUCAGCGAGCCGGCCAGGCGACCUUCAUUCCCUUGGAGACGAUCCAAGUCAAGGCUUUCCAUUCGAACCUCAAGGGCAUGCACCGAGCAAUGCGCCCGGCAAUCGAGACCGUCGACUAUGACGAUUCUGUCGCGAGAGCCAUCAGCUACGCUUGCGGGAACUCCAUUGUCUGCGACGACCUCGCGACCGCCAAGUACCUCUGCUACGAGCGAAACGUGGACGCCAAGGCCGUCACAUUGGACGGAACGGUGAUCCACAAAGGAGGUCUCAUGACGGGUGGUCGCGGCCAGCAGCAGAACUCGAAGCGCUGGGAAGACUCCGAGGUCGAGAACCUGUACAAGCUCAAGGACAAACUGAUCAACGAUCUCACCAACUUGCCCAAGGGUCACCGCAGGGGCACCGAAGAGGAAACGCUGCAGGGCGAGCUGGUUGGUCUCGAGCAGCGCCUUUCCUACGCCCGCGAAGAGCUCAAGGCGCUGGAGAGAAACCUCCAAAGCAAGCACUCCGAGCUUGACUUUUCCAAGCGCCAGCUGGAGGACCUGAGACCCAAGUACACGGAGCGCCAAGAGACGCUGAACGAGCUUGACGAAACGAUCGCCACGUCCCAGGAAGCCGUCAGCAGCGUGGAGGACGAAGUGUACCACAAAUUCUGCAAACGGCUCGGGUACCAGAACAUCCGCGAAUACGAAGUCCAGCUCGGGUCCUUGCAGGAAGAGGCUGCCCAGAAGAAACUGGAGUUCACGACGCAGAAGAGCAGGAUUGAGAACCAGCUUAGUUUCGAGAAGCAGCGACUCCAAGCUACGAAGGACCGCAUUGCCGGUCUGCAAGCUCAGCUCGAGCGCGAUGAGAGCCUGAUUGAGGAGCUCAGGGCGGAGCAAGAGCAAAUCGGCAACCGGCUGGAUGAGCUGAAUGCCGAGCUUGAUAUCCUGCGAGAAAAACUGGAUGAGCAACGUCUGGCCUAUGAACAUUCGGCUGAGAACCUGGCCCAGCAUCGCAGGGAGCUUCAGAAACGCAGUCGCGAGGUUGAAGGUGCACUGAAGCAUGUCAACGCCCUGGAGGCAGAGAUCCAACGCAACUCGUCCAGUCGAUAUGCUCUCCUUCGACGGUGCAAGCUUGAAGAUAUUGAUGUUCCGUUGACGGAGGAUUCGAACGCGCUGGAUCAGCUUCCCAUCGACGAUUUAGUCCAGGCCGUGGAUCCGGAUGCGAUGGAGGUGGACGAGGAUAAUGACGAGGCCGGUCAAGGCAUCCAGGACUAUGGCAUCGAAGUCGACUUUGACUCAUUAGGAGACACCCUCAAGGAGGAAUCGGACGAGAAACUCGAAGAAGAGCUACUCGACAAAGUGCGGUCCCUCAACAGCGAACUGGACAAGAUGGCACCGAACACGCGCGCCAUGGAACGCCUCGAGAGCGUCGAGAACAAGCUCCGCAGCACAGAGAAGGAAUUCGAGCAAGCGCGCCGGCACGCCCGCAAAACCAAGGAUGACUUCGAGGAGACGAUGCACAAGCGGUCCGAACUGUUCAACAAGGCCUUCUCCCACAUCUCGGAGCAGAUCGGGCCUAUCUACCGGGAGUUAACCAAGAGUGCGAACUAUCCACUUGGUGGACAAGCAUACCUGGACAUCGAAGACUCAGACGAGCCCUACCUAGACGGCAUCAAGUACCACGCGAUGCCACCGCUCAAACGCUUCCGCGACAUGGAGCACCUAUCAGGUGGAGAGAAGACCAUGGCCGCCCUGGCUCUGCUCUUCGCCAUCCACUCGUACCAGCCGUCACCGUUCUUCGUGCUCGACGAGGUCGACGCCGCCCUCGACAAUGUCAACGUCGGCCGCAUCGCAAACUACAUCCAUGACCACGCCGCCCCGGGCAUGCAGUUCAUCGUGAUCAGUUUGAAGACGGGUCUGUUCCAGAAUAGUGAAGCCCUGGUUGGAAUUUAUCGCGAUCAGGCGGAGAAUAGUAGCAAGUCGCUGACGUUGGAUCUCCGGAAAUACAACUAGUCUUCGACGGAGAGUGUAGCUCUUUAUCUAUUAUUCUGUUUUAUAUCUCUAUUCUUAUUCAUUUAUUCCUUUCUUUGUCCAUUCAUGCCAUGUGUAGAAUAGUUGUUACUGCUGUGGUUUGCUUUCUUUUUUUUUUUUCACAAUUUAUGUUAUGCCUUGAUGGUUGGGUGGGGUGCAGGUAUGGUAUAGCUAGCUCGUCACAUACCUAGGUAGCUACAUACUACUUGCCUAC